AUGGCCCACCUGCGUGCCUGCGAAGUCCAGCAGCUGCUGCACAACAAGUUCGUGGUAGUCAUGGGGGACUCGGUCCAGAGGGCCGUCUACAAGGACUUGGUGGUGUUGCUGCAGAAGGACUGCCUGCUGUCCACCAGCCAGCUGAAGGCCAAGGGUGAGCUGACUUUCGAGGGAGACAUCCUGCUGGAGGGUGGACGGUGGGGCCGCAUGCACAAUGGCACCCACUACCGCGAGGUCCGCCAGUUCCGCUCAAGCCACCACCUGGUGCGUUUCUACUUUCUCACCCGCGUGUACUCCUCGUACCUCAUGGACGUCCUGGAAGAGCUGCGUCGGGGCGAGCACGCCCCGGACGUGGUCGUCAUCAAUUCCUGCCUCUGGGACCUCUCGAGGUACGGCCAGGAUUUCCGGAGCGGCUACCGAGAGGAUCUGGAGAGCCUGUUCCGGCACCUGGGCGAGGUGCUGCCUGCGUCCUGCCUCCUGGUGUGGCACACGGCCAUGCCGGUGGCCGAGGUCGUCUCCGGUGGCUUCCUCCUACCCGAGCACCAGCUCCAGGGCGCCCACCUGCGGGAAGACGUGAUUGAGGCCAACUUCUACAGUUCUUUUGAAGCCAGCAGACAUGGCUUCGACGUGUUAGACCUGCAUUUCCACUUCCGCCACGCGGGGCAGCACCGACAUCGAGAUGGCGUGCACUGGGACGAGCGCGCGCACCGCCAUCUCUCCCAGCUGCUGCUGGCGCACGUGGCCGACGCCUGGGGGGUGGAACUACCACGCCGCUACCCCGUGAGCAGAUGGAUCAGGGAUGGUCCACCCAGUGGAAGUGCAGCUCCGGUGGGAAGGAGGCAGCACCGGGAAAGCAGAGAUGACGCAGGCCAGCAUACCUUGUCUAGACCCCCACCCAGAUGCUCGUCUGUCCGCACCCCCGGGCAUUUUUCGGCACCCAUUGCCCAGUCUCAACCUCUGUCCCGGCAGUAUGGCCAAGAGACCUUUGUGACUUCCCGCCGAUCUUUUCGGCCCCGGCAAUUCUACAAUGACCUUUCAACGAUUCAGGUGGAAUACAUUAGCGAACCAAAUUUGAGGAUUGGCAAUGAGCAGCAUCUCGGCCCCAUCCGUAGAGUUUCUAUCCAGUACCAGAGCAGAGCGCCUCCUCCUUACCCACUCCAGCACUCCAGCAGGCCACGCAGAUACCGGCGUGGGCGCACCCAGAGGCAAGCCCUCAACGGAGAGGCCGAGACCUAG